GCGUGCGAAUGGAGGGCUCACCCAUAUAAAUGUCUCCUCCCAACAGCCGGCCGUCCCCAAUUCCAACCUCGCCAUCAUCGACGGGGACGGUUCGCAGCGGGUAGCGUCUCGAAGGUGCCAGAAGCUUCUGGAACGAUCUCGCCGAAUCGCGCGGUUUCGCGAAUUGAUGGAGAAAUUGGACGAAUCGAGCAACCAGGGUCUGGAUUGGUGAGUGUUUGAUGCGUGGUGAUCGAGGGCUUCUGCAGAUAUGAACGUUGUGGGACGGUUUGGGUCCCUGAUCUCGCAGGGAGUGUAUUCCGUUGCGACGCCCUUCCACCCAUUUGGUGGUGCGGUCGACAUCAUCGCAGUUGAGCAGCCUGAUGGUUCCUACCGCAGCACACCAUGGUAUGUCCGUUUUGGCAAGUUCCAGGGCGUGCUCAAGGGCACUGAGAAGGUUGUGACCAUCACUGUCAAUGGCGUGGAUGCCAGAUUUCACAUGCUGCUCGACAACUCCGGCCAAGCCUAUUUCAUGCGUGAGCUUGUGCCUGGCAGUGAAGACUCCACAACAGGUUCAGAAGAAGAAGAAGCUAUCAAUGAGCCUGAACCUCCAGCUCGUAGUAAGAGUGAUGGGGACCUUUACAUUGGUCCUUGUGACAGGUUGGGUAGCCAAGAGUUGAAUGUGGAGCAUCAGGAGAAGCAAACCGGAGAGGAGUUUGAGUCAUAUGGUUAUGGUAGGUUGGAGGAAGCGGAAGAUUUACCAAAACAAGCUGAUGGGGUAAAUUCGGAGGUGGUUCUGGUUAGUGUGGACGGGCAUGUGCUCACUGCACCCAUUUCUUCAACAGAGGAGGGUACGGAGGAUGUGCAGUUAAGUGAUCCGCAGUUCCAUUUGGGACCUGGGCAGAGCUCUAGUGGGGACUUCAGUCGCAGUGAUGAGGUGUGGGAAGCUGGCAUUAUAGGUGAUUUAUACAUAUCGCAGGAAAAGGUUAAGUUUGAUUCUGGACAUCAGUUUGAGGUUUUGGAAGAGCGUGAGGAGGUAUCAAUUGAGAAGGAUGAGUCACAUCACAUCUCAGUUGGUGAAGAUGAAGCACUCCAUGUGUCUGUAAAUGAAGAAGUGCUCCAUGUGUCAGUUAAUGAAGAUGAAGCCCACGUUGUGUCUACAAAUGAAGAUGAGCCUCAGGAUGUGUCAAGGUCAGGGAACAAUGAUGUGGGUUAUCAACCCUUGACCAGUGAAGAUGAGUCGAUUGGUGUCUCAGGGGACAAUGUUGCUGGUUAUCAACCCUUGACCAAUGAACAUGUGACUCAUGAUAUCUCAGAGAACAAUGAUGAGGAUCAUCAACCCUUUACCAAUGAAGAUGAGUCUUGUGAUGUCCCAGUGCUUGAAAAAGCCAAGGAUUGCAAGUCCCCAGCUAAAAAGGAUGAGGAUUGUGAUCUCAGCAACGACGACAUUGAGUUGGAGGGCCCUGGUGCUAGUUUUGGUAAAUAUGACACUUUUAAAAGCUGCUUGGAUCUAACAUCACAAAUAAAUGACGGGGAUUCAGGAACCGAACUAUUUUCUCCUGAAUCUGAUCAUCAGAGGGAUUCUGAGCUUGGUUUGGGUAACCGUUCUGUUGUUGAAACAGAUCUGGGGGAAGAUGAAAGUAAAACUUCUUACUUUGAUCAAGAUGAUCCAUUGCAGGAGGCCGUGGAUAUUUCUGCAUUUACUUCAGAAGAUAUAAGGACACAAAGCAAAGAGAGUUCUUCUCAUUAUGGCAAGGAAUCUGACUUGUCCCAUGAAGGAGGUUCUCAUGGUAGGAGCAAGGACAUUGCCUCUGCUGAAACUGAGGCUGGUAAAUCUGAUGGAUUACAGUCAUCCACGGCUAGCAGUGAUAAAGACAAACUGGGGAGCAUUCCGGAGCACUCAGAAGUUGAAGAGGAACAAAAUAAAGAAGAGCCUUCUCACUUACAGAAGGUCUUGGGGAUGGAGAUUUCUCUUUGUGGGAACAUGUUACGGCCGGGUAUGGGUCGAGAAUCUGCCGAGGAAGUCUUUCAACAGCAUCUUGUCUGUGAGGAGGAUUUCAAGUCAUCUGGACCAUCGAUCAUAAAAAAUGCAAACCUUAUUGUCAAAGUUGACAAUAAGUAUUUCCCAUGGAGUAAAGUUUCUCAUAUUAUUCUUGGGAAGGCUGUAUUUGGUCCAAACUUUUCCAUAGAACCCAUUGAUGCUAUUCCAGUUGAAUGUCCGGAAACACCCAGUUCAAGAGAAGAUUCUCUUGGAAUGUCUUCCGCAAGCCGGAGAUGGAGGCUUUGGCCCAUUCCCUUUCGGAUAUCGAGAUCCCUUCAGCGCAGUAACAGUGAUUCUUCUGAGGACAUUUUCCUUGACACAGAGACUGUUUUGAGUCCAAUGGAUGAGCAAGCUCCGGAGAACAAUAAAAACCAGUCACCGAGAAAGCAAUUUGUACGGACUUUAAUUCCCACUAGUGAACAAGUGGCAUCUUUAAAUCUGAAGGAGGGCCAAAACUUGGUGACCUUUAGCUUCUGCACCAGAGUUCUUGGGAAGCAACAGGUUGAUGCACAUAUUUACUUGUGGAAAUGGAAUGCUAAAAUUGUGAUAUCUGAUGUCGAUGGCACCAUAACAAGGUCUGAUGUGUUGGGUCAGGUCAUGCCUUUGGUUGGACGAGAUUGGAGUCAGUUUGGUGUCGCUCGACUUUUUUCUGCAAUAAAGGAAAACGGGUAUCAACUACUGUUCCUUAGUGCUAGAGCAAUUGUCCAGGCAUAUCUAACAAAGAACUUCCUCUUCAAUCUAAAACAGGAUGGGAAAGCAUUGCCCAAUGGACCUGUUGUAAUUUCACCUGAUGGUUUGUUUCCGUCACUCUACCGAGAAGUUAUACGGAGAGCGCCACAUGAGUUCAAGAUUGCGUGUCUGGAGGACAUUAAAGCACUUUUUCCUUCCGACUACAAUCCAUUUUAUGCUGGGUUUGGCAACAGAGACACUGAUGAGCUUAGUUACAAGAAGAUGGGAAUUCCUAAAGGCAAGAUUUUUAUCAUCAACCCAAAGGGAGAAGUGGCCAUCAACAGUUCUGUUGAUGUAAAAUCUUAUACCUCCUUACAUACCCUUGUCAACGACAUGUUUCCUCCAACAACUCUGGUUGAGCAGGAAGACUACAAUUCCUGGAAUUACUGGAAAAUGCCGUUGCUAGAUGUUGAUUUGUAGUCUAGUUCUGACAGAUACAGCCGUAGAUACCAGUAGAUUCUGCAAGAGCAUAGUAGCGAGCUUCGUGUACGACUGGGGUUAGGUCCAAUCUGUAAAGCAUCUGGAGAAUUCCCAAAUGUAUGGUUUUGAUGGCCAAUGCAAAAGGUUGCCACUUUCUUUCCUUCGACGGAGCUUUCCUGAUCAUACGUCUUUUAGGGAGUGAUCUGAAUGUCUUCGUCGAACUUAUUGUUGUGCUUAGAGGUUGAGUAUUGGCAUCUCAAUCAUGAUAAACUUUCCCUGAGCUGGUUAGUCUCCAAGUUACAUCUGGGUUGUUAGGUGCAAGCUGAUAGCUGGAAAUCCUGUGUCUGAUUAGAUGAGUCCAGGUUUAUGAAAGCAACAAGCAAAAAUACUGUCGAAAUACGCUGUACGUUGUAUAUCAGUAUAUGGAAGAGAAAUGACACUGCAUUUGUGCUUCA